AUGGCAGCUGCAUCUCUGCCAGCAGACGUGCCGAUGAAGGCGUCCGCUGGCACGUCGCCUGACCCAAAGACAACGAUCGAGGCGGCACCGAAGCCUGCGACCGCAUUGACGCCACCCACGAGCGAGGAGAUGAAUCACGAAGAGACGAAGAAGGAACACGAUGACUCUGAACUGAGCGAUCUGGAUUUGGACGAGGAUGAGCUGGAAGAUAUCGAGCCGGAUCACUACUGGGAUAACGGCCGAGUGCCCGUCUUCAAGCCGACGAUGGACCAGUUUCGGAGUUUCAAGAAGUUCGUUGAUAAGAUUGAUAAGUACGGCAUGAAGUCUGGGAUUGUCAAGGUUAUCCCGCCGAAGGAAUGGCGCGACUCGCUUCCCAACUUGGACGAUGCUGUCAAGGGAAUCAAGAUCAAGAACCCGAUCACGCAGGAGUUCAACGGCACACAAGGCAUCUACACGCAGCAGAACGUCGAGAAGCAGAGGUCCUACAAUCUACCGGAGUGGAAGAGUCUUACCGAAGAGACAUCACACCAGCCACCUGCAAAGCGUGGCGAGCGGAGACGGCAUCAGGAGAAGGUUGUCAGAGGAGGUGGCAAUCUCCGGGGACGUACGACUGCUACACCAGUAGCCGAGGUGGAUGACGCUCCGAAGCCAAAGCGGAAGCCAGGCAGGCCAGCCAGGCGUCCUGCGAAGGCCGACGAAGAUGCGGAUGCUGGAGAAGAGACGAAGGGCAGGCGGAGCAGUCGCAACACUCAGGUUCCGCCCACGCCUGACUCGCCUGCGACCAAGCCUGCACCCAAGCCAAAGGGUCGUCAACCAAGAGGUGGUGGUCAAGGUCAAGCGAAGUCCGUCACUUCUAGGCGACUCAACAACACUGCCGAGAAGGUAGACUACGUCGACGAGGAAGCGUUUCAGGAAUUCGACUACAAGCUUGACGAUCUCGACGAGUUUACGCCAGAACGAUGUGCAGAACUAGAGGCUCACUACUGGAAGAGUCUUGGAUUCAACCAACCAAUGUAUGCCGCCGAUAUGCCUGGCUCGCUCUUCGAAGAUGAUACCACCAGCUGGAACGUCGCACACCUGGAGAAUCUGCUCGACGUGCUUGGCACGAAGGUUCCUGGUGUGAACACAGCUUACCUCUACAUGGGCAUGUGGAAGGCUACAUUCGCAUGGCAUCUUGAGGACGUGGAUCUCUACAGCAUUAACUACAUCCACUUUGGUGCUCCGAAGCAGUGGUACAGCAUCUCUCAGGAAGACGCUCGCAAGUUCGAGAAAGCCAUGAAAAGCGUGUGGCCAGUCGAUGCGAAGAACUGCGAUCAGUUCCUGCGACACAAGACCUACCUCAUCUCGCCAGAUGUACUGCAGAAGCAGUAUGGUGUCAAGGUGAACAAGCUUGUGCACUACGAAGGCGAGUUUGUCAUCACGUUCCCGUACGGCUAUCACUCUGGCUACAACAUCGGCUACAACUGUGCGGAGUCGGUCAACUUCGCUACUGAGUCAUGGCUUGAGUACGGCCGCAUCGCACGCAAGUGUCACUGUGAGACGGACAACGUCUGGGUCGAUGUCAACGAGAUCGAGCGCAAGCUCAGAGGCGAGCCAACCCCGGAGUACAUUGAAGAGACAGACGAUGAAUCGGACAUGGACGAAGACGGCAACCUCCCUUCGCCACCUGCUAGUGUCAAGGGCAAGCCGGCGUCGAAGAAACGUAAGCGUGGCGCGAAAGAGGAGAAGCCCAAGAAAAAGAAGAAGAUCCGCAUCAAGCUUAGGGUUCCGACGCGCGAGCCGUGCUGCAUGUGUCCGAACGACAACCCAUGGGAACAGCUUCUACCUACCGAUAACGGCAAGAAGGCUCACAAGUCAUGCGCACUCUACACCCCAGAGACGUUCGUUGUCAAGAGCGAUGAUGGAUUCGAGAAGGUCUGUGGCGUCACCACCAUCGAUCGCGCUCGUCUGGACCUGAAGUGCAACUUCUGCCGCUCGAAGCGCGGAGCAUGCUUCCAGUGUUCAUCGAAGAAGUGCACCCGAGCAUUCCACGCUACGUGCGCGCUUGCUGCGGGUGUACUCAUUGACUGCGGUGUGGUACCGACGUUUGGUGAGGAUGGGACAGAGUACUUUGAAGAAGGAUACGACUUCCGCUGCAAGUACCAUCGACCGAAGAUGCCGAAGAACUUGAACGUGGAGUCGUUGGAGAAGAGCAGUCGCAUCAACAAUUACGCCAAAGAAGUGAAGUAUAACGAUGUUGUGCAGGCACAGCUGAUCGGUGGCGAGGUGUUUGCUGGUUUGGUGGUGGAGAACAGGCCGAGCGAGAUGAGCUUGGUCGUUGAUGUGCUGCCUGAAGGGUACGUUCAGUGCUUUGCAGUUUCCGAAAACAUGCUGACUGAUGAUUGCAGGGACCGCGUUGAGAUUGAGUACAAGUGGCUCUGCAUCUUGGAUCCCGACGAUUCGCAGCGACAGAAGCCGACCUCUGCAGCCAUUGCUAUGCCCGAAGGACUGAACAGGAAGGCUCUAUCUAUCUCGAACCGACAAGACGGUGUGCCGGACCAGGGUCAGCCGUUCUACGAGAACCCAGACUACAAGUGGCAUGACUUCUACAACAUGGACAUGCCACCACCUGGCUACGUCUCUUCCAAGGUUCAGGCACCUCUCAAGCUCAACAUCAAACUGGACUCUCCUGAUCAGCUGUACUUCUACCUGGGUGAUCCCUCCACGGAAGCGAAGAGCUUCUUCACCGACAAGGCUGGAACGAGUGAGGUGGCAGCCAAGGCCAACUUCCUCGACCGAGUGCAACCAUCGAAACCUGUCUACCAGUAUCAUGCAUCAAAGCAACCCAUCCAGCCAGCUAAAGCUGUGCCGAUCCAGAGGCAGAACCACUUCAGCGCUGUUCCGACCGCCAACAUGCGCAGCAACAAUAACGACAACAGCAAUAGGCCGUACAUCUACAAGCCCAAAGAUCAGAUGCAGGCGCACAACUACAGGGUCGACGCUCAGUCGCUUGCGAACCAGCAGAACUUCCUCGCCGACAGCAGCAACGGACGUCGGAUGUCGCAGACUUAUGGCCCACAGCACAGCUACCAGAACGCUGACAUGUCCUUGACUUCUGGCCCGCUUCGAGCAUUCCCUACCGACCACUACUAUUCCAUGCGGACGCUCCCAGCUGCGGUGCCCGGCGAGUAUAGCAGCUUCACCAACGCCGUCCGUAGAGUGUCUCAUGGACAACAGAGCAUGCAGCGGCCCACUUCGCAGCAUUCAGGAUAUGUGCCGAACUACCAGUCUAUCGGGCAACAGCAAGCAAACGGCGGGCCGGGCCAAGGUCGAGCACCUGUAGCGCAGAUGAUGGCAGCCAGCCCACCGCCACCCAACCCGUACGAGUCGAACGGCAGCCGACCGACGUCGUCCGCACAGAGCUAUCACUCUCCGUACGGAGCACCACUUACUCCCGCCACCACACACUCCGCUACUUCCGGUCACAAGCAUGCUGAUGGCUCUUCCACGGAUGACGCCUACCUAGCGAGCUUGCAGAAGUAUCCUUACCUUUUCCAGAGCUACUGCCGGAAGCCCAAGGUCUACGAAUCACCAUACCCACUAGGUGGCGGCUUUUCUGCAGCCUACCAGGCCCAACUGCAAUCGACGACGGAAGAUCAGAGGCGUCGCUCUAUCCACACCCCUCGGGCCUCAAUGUCUGUGCCGCAAGACCGUCGUGGGAGCCAGCCAUGGACUCCACCUUCUCAGAUAUGGGACAAGGCUGGUCUGAGGCUCCCGUCCCCACCACCACCUCAGCACUUCCACGGGCAUGGCCCGCCGCCGCGACGGGUGCCUGGACCGACUUAUUCCACCCCAGCCGAAUUCCAGCAGCAGAUUCAAUCGAUGCCCAGCACAGCCUCUCGCGAAGGUGCUCAAGCGCGAGCGUUGCGCGACCAAGGCUACAUCCCCUAUCAGCACCAGCACCCUCGCAACAGCUUCGGCCAGGCAUACGACACAGCGAUGAUGUGGCAGAGCCCGAAAGCGCCCACGCCGAGCCCACUGUCGGACCCCAAUACGCCUGGACAAGUGGCGCCGGGUCAUAAGGCUUGGGGGACGUUGCCGAGACUGGAGCAGAAGAUCCUGCCGCGGCCGGCGCCUGCGCAGACGGGGUAUGGGCCAGCGCAUACGCCGCAGAUGGGGAGCAGCAAUGGCAGCGGUGGGCAUGAGACGUGGAGGUAUGGAUGA